CUGGGGGCAGCCUGGAGGACCUGGGUUUGAAUUCUGUCAGAGACCCAGGCAAGCAAUUUGAAUUUUCAGAGCCUCAGUUUUGUUGAUCUAGGAAACAGAAUUGCUGGGGAUGUCUUUAUGUUGUGAAUGUGUUGCUCUGAUUGAUUGAUAAAUAAAAUGCUGAUUGGCCAGUAGCCAGGCAGGAAGUAUAGUAUAGGCAGGAUAAGCAGAGAGGAGAAUUCUGGGAAGUGGAAGGCUGAGUCAGGAGUUGCUGGCAGCCGCUGUCGCCAUGAGAAGUAAGAUGUAAAAGUACUGAUCCGGACACUGGGCUACUGCUGCCAGCUCGUCGGUGGGGUCCUAGUGGAACAAUGUCCCAGCAGGUCUGACGUGGGAAGGCGCUUGCUGGUGGUGUCAGCCCAGCUCAGCCAUUGCAGGACGGUCUUGCGACUCUUUGAUGACCCGGCCAUGUUUGUCUACACUAAACAGUAUGGCCUGGGGACAGAGGAGGAGGAUAUCUUCAUCCGAUGGCUGUCUGUCCUGAGUAACAUGGCUGACCAGCUGUACUACCCUUGUGAGCAUGUCGCCUGGGCUGCCGAUGCCAAGGUCCUCCAGGUGGACUCUGCUCGAUGGUGGACACUGAGCACAGCCCUCUGGAUUCUCUCUCUACUCCUUGGAGUUGUCAGGUCCCUGUGGAUAGCACUGAAGCUAAGACAGAAGCUGUGGAGCCUCACAGGCACCUUCACCAGCCAGCUGCCCAGGAGCAAGCGGAGGGCCAUGGAGGCAAGGAUGUGGUCAGAGGUUUUAACUCUACUCAGCAACCUGGCUGACCUGGCAAACGCUGUGCACUGGCUGCCCCAAGGCGUCCUGUGGGCCGGCCGCUUCCCUCCGUGGCUGGUGGGCCUCAUGGGCACCAUCUCCUCCCUCCUCAGCAUGUAUCAGGCUGCCAGGGCUGGCACCACAGCUGAGACAGACAGCUCUCGAUGAGGCCCUGGAGUGGCAGGUGGAGGACACUGGAGGGCUCCACACAGGGCUCAGAUUCCCAGAGUGGGAACCACUGGCCAGGGCUGCUUCCAUGAUUAUGUACUCCAGUAGCUGUCUCCUGGGUGGGGUGGGAAAAGGGCUGGUAGAUCUCAGGCCCUAGCUAGGGCUUCGGGGGAAGCUGCUUCUCUGGGGAGUGGGAGGCACAUGAGGAGGACCCCAGGACUCCCAGAGCCAAGGCAGGCUCUCGAAGUCCCGGGAGGCCUCUGCUAGAACCUCCCACUUGCUGGCUUACCUGAAGGUGAUGGGAGAGACGUGCCAUGCCUGGGGUCGGGCUUUGGGGAGCUGGAAUACUGCAGUGCCUAUUAAACAUUUUGGUGUGGUGCCAGUCUGUA